CUUUUUUUCUUCCUCUUCUGCUUUCACUCUCACCACCUCUUUUUUUUCCUAAAGUCUUAUCAUAUUUUGAUAACUUGACCUUUUCAUCUUCUCCUUUUCUCAUAUUAUCUCAAUCAUCAAUCAUGCCUCCCAAGAAGGUUACCAGCGCGUCCAAGAAGGCGGCGCCUGCUCCUCACACUUCCUACCGUGAUAUGAUCAAGGAUGCCAUUGUUAGCCUGAAAGAACGCAAUGGUAGCAGUCGCCAGGCUAUCAAGAAGUACGUUCAGUCUAACAACAAGAUCAACGUCACUUCCCAGAGCGUCUUCGACUCUCAGUUCAACAAGGCUAUCAAGGCCGGUGUUGAGAAGAAUGAGUUCACUCAGCCCAAGGGCCCAUCUGGUCCCUUGAAGCUUGCGAAGAAGGAUGCCCCUGUCAAGGCCGCUCCUAAGCCUGCCGCGAAGCCUGUCACCAAGGCCCCUGCUAAGACUACCAAGACUGCUCCCAAGGCUGCCGCCAAGGCUGCUCCCAAGAAGGCUGCCGCUCCCAAGAAGGCUGCGGUCAAGAAGACCACCACCAAGCCCAAGGCUAACUCUGGCAAGGCCCGCAAGAAUCCCGCCGCCGCCCCUGCUGUCGUUGAGCAGCCCAAGAUUCUUGGAAAGACCAAGUCUGGCCGUAUCACCAAGACCACUGCCCCGCAGCCAACAACUACCCGGGCAGCUCCCAAGAAGCGGACCACCAAGAAAUAGAGGAUUUGAUAUCCUCUUGUUUUUUUCCACUAGGUUGAGCUCUCCCUAUAUUUUCACGUGCGCAUUUCCAGGGAGAGUACCUGGUACUGAUUCCUUUCUUCUCUUGUAAUUUCUUUCUUUGGACUCAUUGAUCUCAGUGGCUCCGAUGGUUUCCUUGGCUUUUUGUUUUUCUUUUGUGUUUUUGGGUGUCUUUGUUAUGAUGGCUUUGCUUCUUUCCGAAGUCCUAUGGAUGGCGUCCUGCGGUGGGUUUUGCAAUGGGGAAAUGCAAUCUUCUUAUUACCUUGCUAUUGUGAUUAAUUCCAUUGUCACUGUGGAAUUCAAAUUGGGUUUGGUCGAAUA